AUGUCCCAGGAUCGAAAUUCUCUAGAUCUGAGGCGCUUGAACUCUAAAGCUCGAGAUUCUUACUCUACUCUCGGCCUCUCUCCCCAGGCUGCCGACGCCCGACCUGUCCUUCUCCGGCACACGUACAAUCUCUUCAAUCUGGCGUCGGUGCUCGGACUCGCAUUAAUAAUCCCUGUAUUCAUUGCGACUUUGAUCUAUCUUCUUCUGAAGCCCAUCAGCGACAUUAUUUCUGAUGCUGGCUCUGGUAUCGGGAUCGCUGCUUCGAAAGCAGGCUUGGGUCUCGAAAUCGUCCUCAAGAGCUUAUGGACUAGUUCUGUUGGCGUUGUUAGUGGCGUUGUGUCCAUUAUCUCAUCCAGCUCAUUCAAAGAUUCCCCCAGCCAUCCUCGUAAUAUUCCCACUUUCCCUACAGAACUAUCCAGAGAGUUAUUCUGUGCUACCACAAAUAUGACACUCAGGAUCAAUGCUCAAGCUACUCUAUAUAGUCACGUUGGAAUGCUCCAAGGACAUUUUGGUACUACUCUUACUGUCAGAGGCCGUUUCAAGACGGAAACACCUGAGGAUCUAUCACAAAUCAACAUCAUGUCGUCGAGGUAA